GCCCGGGAGCCUCUCUGGCAACUCCAGCUGGGAGAACUGACAGUGCAUUGCUUCCCAGCAGGCAUCCCGGGGCAACAGUAUGUCUUUCGGGGCUGCUCUGGCCAGUGGCAGGAGGGGAGCCUUGUUUCACUUGUUACACUUCCACAAAGGGGAAACGCCGCCGCAUCCGGAGAGUGGGCUGCGGGCACUGCCGGGGCCCAGCCCUAUCCCUCCGGCCCCCGCCCCCUACUUCCUCCAGCCCCCUGAGCUUCUGGGGCAGAUGCAGCCGCCAUUCUCCUUGGGCCCUCCCCACGGGCUUUCUGGUCACAGUUCUCGUCUCCGUCGCCUGUGCCUCUGCUGCCGGGUUCCAAGGGGAGAUUGCCGGAUUCACUGUGCUGCUUUGGGAGCCAUUCACCCGGGACCCAGCUUGGAAAGAGGAGAGCUUGUUUGUGCUUCGGUUGGUUUGUGUUUAAAGACACAGCCGCAGGUAGGAAGUAGAAGAGAGUUGCAGUUGGACGUGUAGCGUUACUGAUGUGAUAGUCAGGAGCCGUUGACAGAAGAGCUGGAGCAGCCCACUUGCCUGGUUAAGGCACAGGUGGAGAGGCCAAGAGGGGUUAUUUUGUCAGGGAGCUCAUGAUAGCCCUGCCCUGCUGGGAUGGUGCCAAGCCCCUAGCUGAAUUGUUGAACUCAACUAGGCCGAGAGAAAUUGGGGCAGUCUCUGACCAAGCUGGGCUUCCUGAGGCCUGGUGCCAUCUGCUGUCUACACUCACCCAGGAAUGUUGGGGAGGGGGAAGGGAGGGCCCCUGCGGACCACCGUGGAGCUGAGCAUGCCUAGAUUGUCGCGUUCGUGUUUGUACCCUUAGGGUCUGGCACUUGGUAGUCACUCAGUUAAUGUUGCGUGAGUGGGUGAAGAGCUCAAAUGUAAUACAGGCUGCUGUCACUGACUAAAUGAUCUCAGUUUUCACUUUACUUCACAGUACAUCUCCUACCCAGUUCCAGGGCCAGGCUCCCCAUAAAGACCUCAAAAGUAAAUGAAUUCUUUCUGUGAUCCAGUGAUUUCUGCAGGAGUCCAAUGCUAAAGCAUUGGCCACCCAUUCAGCCUUCUACAUGGCCUUCAUCCCAUCUGAGCUCUCAAUCUGGUGAUCCCCUCAUUCAGCUAUUUGUUCAACAGGUCGUUCAUUCGUUCACCAAAAACUGAGUGUCCACUGCAUGCUAGGUACUGGGGAUACAGAGGUGGAUAGGCUCUCUUGUCUUUACUACACAGCUCCCAGUACAGAGGGGAGACAAUUUUCAGUAUGUCAAGUGCUGUGGUAGAGGUGAGAAUGGAAUGCUGUGGAAACAGCUCCCCAUGGGAGAGUCAGAGAAGUUGUGUCAGAAGUGACAUUUGAGCUGGUUUUUUGAAGAACGAGUAGGAGCCUACCAGUCAGAAAAGGAUGGAAGGCAUUCCAAAUAGAGAUCAUUUUGCAGGAAUGAGAGGUUAUAACAUUCAGGGAAUGGUAGGUUCCCCUGUGUAGACAAAAACAGCUGUAACUUGUAAAAAGAAUCUGGAAAGGAGGACUAGGGCCAGAAAGUGAAAGGAGCUCUUUGAAUGGCAUUAUAGAGAAUUUGAAUAUUAUCUUGAAGGAACUGGGGAGCAUCAGGAGGCUUUUAGUGAAGAGACUGUCAUGAUCAUUACUACCUGGUAGAAAGUUCACUCUCCUAUAUGAUGUGAGAUUGGGCUAGAGGAGUUGAGACAUAGGGCAGGAUAACCAGGCAAGAGGUGAUGAGGGCCCAGAUCCGGGCCAUGGUGGAGGAGAUGGCAUUUGGAGACACUGUAGAGGUAGGCUGGCCAGGACCUAGUGACUCCAAGUGAGGGGGAGGACUGGAAAGACUGGGGUCUCUGGUGCAAAUGGCCAGGAACUCAUCCCCAGCCUUAUGCUAACUGAUCUGUGUAUUCUAGAUGUGACAGCAUGGGGGUGGACUUUGAUGUGAAGACUUUCUGCCACAACUUGCGGGCGACUAAGCCACCGUACGAGUGCCCGGUGGAGACCUGCCGAAAGGUCUACAAGAGUUACAGUGGUAUUGAGUACCACCUGUACCACUAUGACCACGACAACCCACCACCACCACAACAGACUCCACUCCGCAAGCACAAGAAGAAGGGGCGCCAGUCACGCCCAGCCAACAAGCAGUCACCCAGCCCCUCAGAGGUCUCACAGUCACCAGGCCGUGAGGUGAUGAGCUAUGCACAGGCCCAGCGCAUGGUGGAGGUGGACUUGCAUGGCCGCGUCCACCGCAUCAGCAUCUUUGACAACCUGGAUGUGGUGUCAGAGGAUGAGGAAGCCCCCGAGGAGGCCCCUGAGAAUGGCAGCAACAAGGAGAACACUGAGACACCAGCUGCUACUCCCAAGUCAGGCAAACAUAAGAACAAGGAGAAGCGCAAGGACUCUAACCAUCACCACCACCACAAUGUUUCUGCGAGCACCACUCCCAAGCUGCCAGAGGUGGUCUAUCGGGAGCUGGAACAAGACACCCCUGAUGCCCCACCCCGGCCAACUUCCUAUUACCGGUACAUCGAGAAGUCUGCAGAGGAGCUGGACGAGGAAGUAGAGUAUGACAUGGACGAGGAGGACUACAUCUGGCUGGAUAUCAUGAAUGAGCGUCGGAAGACAGAGGGUGUAAGUCCCAUCCCGCAGGAGAUCUUUGAGUACCUAAUGGACCGACUAGAGAAGGAGUCGUACUUUGAGAGUCAUAAUAAAGGCGACCCCAAUGCGCUAGUGGAUGAGGAUGCUGUUUGCUGUAUCUGCAAUGAUGGUGAGUGCCAGAACAGCAAUGUCAUCCUCUUCUGUGACAUGUGCAACCUGGCCGUGCACCAGGAGUGCUACGGUGUCCCCUAUAUCCCUGAGGGCCAGUGGCUAUGCCGCCGUUGCCUGCAGUCACCCUCUCGUGCUGUGGAUUGUGCCCUGUGCCCCAACAAGGGUGGUGCCUUCAAGCAGACAGAUGACGGUCGCUGGGCCCAUGUGGUGUGUGCCUUGUGGAUCCCUGAGGUCUGCUUCGCCAACACGGUCUUCCUAGAGCCUAUUGACAGCAUUGAGCACAUCCCACCAGCUCGCUGGAAGCUCACCUGCUACAUUUGCAAACAACGGGGCUCAGGGGCCUGCAUCCAGUGCCACAAGGCCAACUGUUACACAGCUUUCCAUGUGACAUGCGCCCAGCAGGCUGGCCUUUACAUGAAGAUGGAGCCUGUGCGGGAGACAGGCGCCAACGGCACCUCUUUCAGUGUCCGCAAGACAGCCUACUGCGACAUCCACACGCCUCCAGGUUCAGCACGCCGACUGCCUGCCCUGUCGCACAGCGAGGGUGAGGAAGAUGAAGAUGAGGAAGAGGAUGAGGGUAAGGGCUGGAGCUCAGAGAAAGUCAAGAAGGCCAAGGCCAAGUCCCGGAUCAAAAUGAAGAAGGCACGGAAGAUCCUGGCAGAGAAGCGGGCAGCAGCACCUGUGGUGUCAGUGCCCUGCAUCCCACCACACAGGCUUAGUAAAAUCACCAACCGCCUGACAAUCCAAAGGAAGAGCCAGUUCAUGCAGAGGCUGCACAGCUACUGGACACUGAAGCGGCAGUCACGGAAUGGGGUCCCAUUGCUACGUCGCCUGCAGACACACCUGCAGUCUCAGAGGAACUGUGACCAAGUCGGGAGAGAUUCUGAGGAUAAGAACUGGGCCCUUAAAGAACAGCUCAAGUCCUGGCAGCGGCUCCGGCAUGAUUUAGAGCGAGCUCGGCUGCUGGUGGAAUUGAUCCGCAAGCGGGAAAAACUCAAAAGGGAGACGAUCAAAGUUCAGCAGAUUGCCAUGGAGAUGCAGCUGACCCCUUUCCUCAUCCUCCUUCGCAAAACCUUGGAGCAGCUCCAAGAGAAGGACACAGGCAACAUCUUCAGCGAGCCGGUCCCUCUGUCUGAGGUAACCGAAUUGGACGAAGUACCUGACUACCUAGACCACAUCAAAAAGCCCAUGGACUUUUUCACCAUGAAGCAGAACUUGGAGGCUUACCGCUAUCUGAAUUUUGAUGAUUUUGAGGAGGACUUCAACCUCAUCGUCAGCAACUGCCUCAAGUAUAACGCCAAGGACACCAUAUUCUACCGGGCAGCAGUGCGGCUUCGUGAGCAGGGUGGUGCUGUGCUCCGCCAGGCCCGGCGCCAGGCAGAAAAAAUGGGCAUUGACUUUGAGACGGGCAUGCAUAUCCCCCACAGCCUGACUGGAGAUGAGGCCACACACCACACUGAAGAUGCAGCUGAGGAAGAGCGGCUGGUCUUGCUGGAGAACCAGAAGCACCUGCCAGUGGAAGAGCAGCUGAAGCUGCUUCUGGAGCGGCUGGACGAAGUGAAUGCCAGCAAGCAGAGUGUGGGCCGCUCACGGCGUGCAAAGAUGAUCAAGAAAGAGAUGACGGCACUGCGGCGGAAGCUUGCCCACCAGCGAGAGACUGCACGUGAUGGGCCUGAGCGGCACGGCCCUUCGAGCCGGGGCAGUCUGACACCCCACCCGGCAGCCUGUGACAAGGAUGGGCAGACAGAUAGUGCCGCAGAGGAGAGCAGCAGCCAGGAGACAAGCAAAGGCCUGGGUCCCAACAUGUCCUCAACCCCCGCACAUGAGGUGGGCAGGAGAACCUCAGUUCUGUUCUCCAAAAAGAACCCGAAGACAGCUGGACCGCCCAAGAGGCCGGGCCGGCCCCCCAAAAACCGGGAGAGCCAGAUGACCCCCAGCCACGGAGGCAGUCCUGUGGGGCCCCCCCAGCUCCCCAUCAUGAGCUCCCUGCGUCAGCGCAAGCGGGGUAGGAGCCCCCGGCCCAGUUCGAGUUCAGACAGCGACAGUGAUAAGUCCACAGAAGACCCCCCAAUGGGUGAGCCUUACCAUCACCCAGCGCCCCAAGAGAACUUACCAGCCAAUGGCUUCAGCGGUGGAAACCAGCCAGUGAAGAAGAGUUUCUUGGUAUACCGUAAUGACUGCAGCCUUCCCCGGAGCAGCUCAGACUCUGAGUCCAGCAGCAGUAGCAGUAGCAGCGCUGCCUCAGACCGGACCAGCACAACACCCUCAAAACAAGGCCGGGGUAAACCUUCCUUCUCUCGGGGCACUUUCCCAGAGGACAGCAGUGAGGAUACCUCAGGCACUGAGAAUGAGGCCUACUCCGUGGGCACUGGCCGCGGCGUGGGCCACAGCAGUAAGUUCCCUUGCCCAAGGCCAGGGAUGCUGGGGACCCAGUGUCAGGGCCUCGCCAGCCCCCCAGCUGCUGAUCCACCCCCUCUCCCCCAUUCCUGUGAAGUGGUAAGGAAGAGUCUGGGCCGGGGAGCUGGCUGGCUGUCAGAGGAUGAGGACUCCCCGCUGGAUGCUCUGGACCUCGUGUGGGCCAAAUGCCGAGGGUAUCCAUCAUACCCAGCUCUGAUCAUUGAUCCAAAGAUGCCCCGAGAAGGUAUGUUCCACCAUGGAGUUCCCAUCCCUGUGCCCCCACUGGAGGUGCUGAAACUUGGGGAGCAGAUGACCCAGGAAGCCCGAGAGCAUCUCUACCUCGUCCUCUUCUUUGACAACAAACGAACCUGGCAGUGGCUGCCGAGGACCAAGCUGGUUCCUCUGGGUGUGAACCAGGACCUAGACAAGGAGAAGAUGCUGGAGGGCCGCAAGUCCAACAUCCGCAAGUCAGUACAGAUCGCCUACCACAGGGCUCUGCAGCACCGCAGCAAGGUGCAAGGCGAGCAGAGCAGUGAGACCAGCGAUAGUGAUUGAUACUGCUCAACACAGCCCAACCUACACAGGGUCACACAACCCUGUGACCUCUCUCCUCCCCUUUGCUCACUGUCCUGGAGUGGCACCGGCCUCUGCACUGACUCAUUUCUGGUCUUGGGGCCAGUCUCAGGGGAAGCUGGGUGGGGGAGGUCCCUCCUGCCCUAAGUGCAGCUGGACUGUACAGAACACUCCAAGGGCCAGUGGCAGUUCAGUGCAAGGAGAGGGAGGGCCCACAGGUCAGAAAGAGCUCCAGAGACCUCACAGCAUUGUAGGGCGGGGUGGUGGGCCAAAGUUAGGACACUGCAUAAAACAGGCCAUCCCACCACCUCUACCUGCUCAUGCCAGGAGAAUCUAUAACUGCCUAGAGGCCUGAGGCCCCUACCAGUGGUGAGGUGAGCGGGCAUCUGUCCAGCCUGGAAGAGGGGCACUAGGUGACUCCCUCCCCUGCUGUUGUAAAUAACUGUAAUUAUCGGAGAAUUUAAAUUAUUCUCAUUUGUAACUGCGUUUCCGGGUCGCGCCAGAGUCAUUUGGUACAAAAAAAAAAAAAAAAAAAAGACUGGGGCCUGUCCCCAUUUCCCUUCUCUUUCCCAUAGAUUCCCCCACCUUUCAAACUGGUUUGUAUUUAUUUCAAAGGAAGAAAAUAUAUUGAUUCUUAGAAAAUAAA